CGACUUUUUCGAAUCGUCAUUUAUAUCAGAACCAGUGUGCGGGAGACUAGGUGGUCCUCCAUAUUUGCGUUUUGAUAUAACAUCAAAAAGUGUUGUAGCUUUGGGAUCCUUUUCUCAAGUAGCUUUGCUGUGCAAAUCGGAACGGAAGCUAGAAGUGAGCGCAAUUUGCAUUGAAUAGUGUAGUCUCGCGAUUCGCUGGAGUGAAAAUUUGUAGGAAAAAAAGUCAAACGUAGGCUCGGAUAUUCUUACGCAAAUGGAAAAACUGUGACAGUGCAGUGCAGUGAAAAGUUCACCACCCCAGAAAAGGAAUAAAAGUACUCCUUGGCGAUCCAGGAGUAGCAACAGCAGCUGGUGGAUGAUUCAUUACGUGAAAUGGCCCUAAGCAUAAAUUGAUCCAAAUCGACAAUCGCUUUGGGUUUGGAUUUGAUUUUUUUUUCGCUUGACAGGGAUCCAUUCAUACCUCAAAUCGAGGGCACUUUUGGGGACGAAGCAGAAAGGAAAAUCUGAAAGUGCGUGUUCCACAGCUCCCCGAUACCAAUCGAUGGUAAUAGUGUGAGUGUGUAUCGUGGAAAACUAAGGAUUAUAAGUGACGGUGUGUGCGUGUUUUGUUGCUUGGAGAAAAUUUGUGUUCAGCAAUUUGCAGCCUACCGCCCAUUGUGGCCCCGUUUCUGGCCGUUUGCGUUAUCCGGAAGUGUGAUCGCUUUGGGAUUCCUAUUACCUUAAGGGGAGUACUGAGCGGAAGUUGGACACUGACUUUUUCUUGUGUGUUUCUGCGUCUUCAUAAAGGAUAUCUAACUCCAAGCAUUCGAAGCGUGUAGUGAAUCGUUGCAGAGCUUAGCGGAUGUUUCAAUUAUUGCGGAAAUUUGCUCUCGAUGGGAUGGUGUUGUGACAUAGUUGAAAAUUGAGGGUGACGAGAAGGAGUGAGUGUGAAAAAUACACAAAGAAAAAGCAAAAGAGGAAGAUAUCGAGAGCAAGAGAGCUAGAAAAAAGGAUACGUACGUGUACAAAGCGUGUAAGAAGUUGUCGAUUCGUCGUUACAUAAAAUUCAGUGAAAAAGAUAUUCCGAAGAGCAAUUCUCUGGGGAAAACGUGUGACUUGUUGAUAGCAUUUCCCAUCCGACGUGGUGUAAUAAAUAAUUCAUCGCAAAAUUCCUUCAUCUUCCACAGUGCUUUUGGUAGACGAGUUGAGGUUGGCAAAAAUGGGCACAGUAUUAAGUUUCAGUCCCCGGGAGCGUCGACCCAUUUAUUCGACGCACCAUCACAGCGCCGGGACGUUGUCGUCGUCAAAUUCGGCAGACUUCCCCCUUAACAACUACUCUUAUGAGCAGUUGAACAACGUCAAGAACAGAGAGAAUACUAAACCGCCGAAUCUGAUACAAGCGGUUCCCAACAAUAGUAACAUGAACAAUAACAAUCUCAAUAUCGGAACUAAAGAUGAUGGAAAGAACAAUAACACGAACAACGCUGGUACACUGAUGUUGCUUCAGCAGAACCACCCCUCCAACAUAAACGGGAGCGCCAACAUCAACAGUAUCAACAACAACAUCAAUAGCAACAACAAUAGCAACAGCAUACAGGAACGAAACAAUAAUAACAAUACUAGUAAUACCGACAGUGCUCGUAUCCUCUCGGAGAAGAAUGCUCUCGAGAAGAAUCUCAAGAAGCAUUCUUUGUUCAUCAACGCCCUCUCGUGGAAGCGACUGGCGGCCUCUCAUGGCAAGAAGAAGUUGGACAACCAGAAGAACAAGUCGGCAAAUCUGGGGUCGGCCACGUUCCGUACUCCGUUAACGGACACCAUCCAUCCGAUGGUGGACAAGAACAAGAAUCUUCAACAGUCGCAGUCCUUCACACAGCCCAUCUCCCACAGUAACCAACAGUUGCAGCAGAUCCAAUCCCAACAACCGGCUGCCAUCCAACUGCAGCAGCAACAACACUCCCACCCGCAGCAAACGGUCUACUUUACUCCGGGGGGUCCGAAAGCUUUGCUGGCCCUAGAUUUGGUGCGGGCCAACAAUACAAACCCGCUGUCGCAACCGGAUAAGUUGACACCGAAGUUGCCCCUGCAGUUGCCCUUGCCUCUGCAACCGAUCAUCAACCAGCAGCAGGCCGUAGCCGUUGCUCAACAGCAGCAGAACCAACUAUCGCAGCAGUUGCACCAUAGCGGACAUGGGCCGCGGAAAACCGUCAUUCAGGCCUCGACGUCAGAGCUGCUAAAAUGUCUGGGAAUGUUCCUGCACGACCGGUGCCGAAAGCUGCGAGAUUUCCAAGCAGGUGACGCCGUGAUGUGGCUGCGGGCAGUCGAUCGGAGUCUACUGCUUCAGGGAUGGCAGGACGUUGCCUUCAUCAACCCGGCCAAUGUGGUGUUCGUGUACAUGCUGGUCCGGGAGCUGGUGGACGGCGAGGAGACCAAAGAGGCUGAACUACAGGCGGCGGUGCUGACCUGUCUCUAUCUGUCCUACUCGUACAUGGGCAACGAGAUUAGCUACCCGCUGAAACCCUUCCUGGUGGAGGAUUCCAAGGACAAGUUCUGGGAUCGGUGUCUGCUGAUCGUGAACCGGCUGUCCUCGAACAUGCUGCGGAUCAACGCUGAACCGGGCUUCUUCACCGAGAUCUUCACCGAACUGAAGGCCUGCGGUAUGAACUCGUCCAGUUCGAACCCCAACGGAAACCUGCCGUGCGGUGCGGCUUGACGCAGUAACAGCAGCAGUCGCCAUCCCCGAGAGGUUGUUGUCCGGCUGUCGAUUGCCGGUCAGCAGCAAAAGUACCAGCACCAGACGACCCUCCAGGAGCUGACCAGUGUCGUUUGAAUGGGAACGACGACAUGACUUCAGCCCGAAUAGAUGGCCAGAGUACAGCGCCCCCAGCCAUCAACCAACGAGAGCUCAGCCUACAACAACAGAAACUAUCACAUGUCACUACUACCAUAGCAGCAAUCAUUCUAACAAACCGACACACUAUAGUUGAAACGGGUUCAGUGGUCUAAACCCUAGAAGGGUGAUAUCCUUCUUCAACCGUAUAGAUGUAUGUGUGUGUUCCGUUCAACGCCAUAUUACAAAUAGUAGCCUCCUCAUCAUAAACCGAAACAAUAGCAAAAAAUAAGAGAAGAACAAUUGUGCUAGAGCUUGGGUGAAAGUUCUCAAACCAACGAAUGCGAAAACUAUCGGUCUUACGAGGGUCGGACAGUCGGAGUAGUGCAGUAAUUCACAUUGAAGUUAAAUAGCCAUACAAGACACAAACACAUUCUUAGCAAGGGGAUUACCACAAGCCAUUUUUGUUUCGUUACCAAUCCAUUGGAAAACAGUAGUGAUUCCCAAAGAUUAGAGUAGAAGAUACGCAAAAAUAAUAGACUCUUUGAAGUUUUCCCGAAAACUGUCGAACAAGGUCGGUUUUGAAUUUAAAAGACAACCGUUUGUAAUUACCAGGUCGUAUUCUCAAUUCCUCCAUGAAUUAAAAGUUAAACGUAAGAAGUUUGGCAGAAAUAGAAAUACGAAGGAAGAAAACCCAACAAAAUGUGAUUCGAUGAAAUUAUAUUACUAUUAGACGAAAUUUAUGAAGUUAGGAUUACCCGGAAACUCCAUCACCAAGAUGGAACUGAUUCUCAAAUUGAGAUGAGAUGAUUUAGAUGGUUCCAGAAGAGAAGGAAUGUUUUUGUUAGGUUACACACAACUUCGUGAUAUUAUUUAAAUACUAUGGCAAAAUAAUUGAACAGAUCUGCAAAUUUUGCUAAACAUAAUUUCAGAUGUAUCUUUUGGAUACUGGAGCUCUUGCUUAACGUAUAAAUGACCAGUAAAGUUUAUGUUUUCAGUCGAUUUUGGCAUAUUGCGUAAAACGUUUGAAGCAAUCUUUUUUUCUGGUCUGAUUGGGAUAUAAAUUUCAACAAAGUUUAAUAAACUGUCAUCGUUCUAAUCGCAAAUAUUCAUGAAAAAGUAUUUGAGAAGAAACAGCUUUAAAAACAGUGUUAGGUAAUGCAAAUGCAUGACAACUUCUAUUGCCGGUCACACCUAUCUCCUCCGUUACGAGGAAAGAAAAGGAUAAUGUUUAUACAACACCCAUUGAAAAGAGGCCAGGGAUAAGGUCUCUUCUUACUUGCCUUUUUGAAAAGUAUAAAAUUUGAAGUGAAAAUAAAUAAAAUUUGAAGUUAUCGAACAUUUAAAAUAGAAGCAAGUUAAAAUGUAUAACUUUCACAGCAUAAUGAAAAUUAUAGGGCUUAGAUUUGAAGGGUUCGAUUAUUUCUCAUCAUUUUUAAACCCUAUAUUCAAAUUCCAAAAUUUCCCGUUUCGGCUAUACAGUCAACAUAGAAUACUAGGCUAAAUACACUGUCCCAAUUGGGAUGUAUUGCUUUUAAAACGUAUUAGAAAAACGAGAUUUUUUUUGCCAAAAUUUAAGACAAUUUUAAAAAUUUGAACGAUGAAGUCUAGUGUGAACGUUUAUUUUAUACAUCUCCGGUUUAAAUCAUCAUUGAUCUAUCGUUUGACAAGUUGUAUCGAUUUGAUUUGGAAAAAGACCGUACUUAAUGCAAAACGAAACCAAAAGCUACUAGCGAGCAGAACGGAGUGAUGAAGGUUUGAAACAAAACCAGAAAAGCCAUAACCUAAGAAAGAAACAAAAAAACUAACAAAAACUAGCCGCGGUAUAAUAACAAAAAAAAACUGAACAAACUUUGUAUAGUGAGUAAGUGAAUGUUAAUGUUUGAUUUUAGUGGUUAGAGAAACAAAAACAAGAAAAAAGCAAGCAAAAAGUCGUUGAUUAUGAAACAAAGCUAAUUCACACCUACUCAAGUGCGUGCAAAAAAGUGAAUUUUGAGACGACAUCGAUGACAUGUGUACAGAGAUUACUGUGAAAAAUACAGCGAGCAAAGAGGGAAUGCAGUGUAUGGGAAACCUUUAAUCUGUUGUGCAAUGGUUGAAAACGUGUGGUCUAGUUUGGAUAAGUUUGUUGAUUCUUGGUUUGUCUCUUCGUGGUUAAAAUUUGGAAACAAAGUGUAGAUAUUUCGGUUUACUCUGUAUUAUAUUUGACAAUAGCAAUGAUCUCAAAAAUAUAGUUUGCAAAACAUUAUAAAUCAAUUUAAUGCACGUUUGCACAUUCCGUUAGGUAAUAUUGAUACAUAUCAGGAAUGUACGUAACAUAAACUCGUAACAAAAGAAAUCAAUUUCAGUUCCCAAUGGGUUGAAAGAAUCAGUAAAAUCAAAAUGGAAAUGUAUCGAUGUAGUAAUCAAUCAGGAAAUUUAAUUUCUUGGAAAUUAAUCAACUUCAGCUCUACACUUAUAACUUAACCCUUUUUGAGAACAACAAUAUAUUUUUUUCAAUUGUUUGCACUUCUACAAGUUGAGAAUUUAAUUAACAACAAAUGAAUUGAAUUUCAAUCUUUGAUGGAUAAAUGACUUAAAGACAGUUCACAAAUUUUUAACGACUUCGAUAUAUUUUGGGAAAACAUAAGAAUCCCAUUUGGAAUUGCUCAGAAAAGGAAGGCUUUGCGCCAAUGCAAAUGUAUUCAUUGAUACAUUUCUAUUUUUCACUGAUCUGAAAUGCUCUUUAUUAAUCUAGUUUACAUUUGAAUAAUCCAUUAUAUUAAAAACGAUUUUUUCUCCCCAUACUCCAGUUGAAAGAACUAUAGCUCUCUAUAAUCAACUGUGAAUAAGCCACAUAAUAAAAAUCUUAAGAUAAAAUAGCAAAAAAAAAAACACUCAUACACUGACACAAAAAUCCAUCCAACAGUUAAGUUGUAUGUUUUAGCAAAACAAAAAUCGUGAUUUAUAUAACACAAUACGCUCACUCUGUUUUUACUAUAGUUUUAAAACUGUAUCGUGUAUAUUGUGUAACAAUUUCCCAACAAUUGCAAAGAACGAAUGUAACAUGUGUAUCAAUAGAAUACUUUCAUCCCAUCCCAAUUUUAAACCACUCCUCUUGCCGCAUAAUGCUUAGAACUGGAAAAAAUAACUGUAAAUAUCAAUUUCUUCUCUGUGUUUGCUAUGAAGCAGAAUUUCAUUUCCAGUUAAAAUAAAACUCGGUUUGGACGCUGAACAACAUUUGUGAAACGCAAUGGAAAUUGGUUUCAAUGUAAGCAAUUUUCAACCGUUGUCCACACAACCGCAUAAAGAGGGCCGGAGUAUGUGCAAUUAAGAAGGAAUGUUCUGAAAAACCAUCGUGAAAUAUAGUGCGACGAAUACAAACGAAAUUUUGACCAAUGUAAUCAUGAUUGAAAAACGCGGCAGGAUCGUUUGAUUGUGCAAUAAAGAAUGAAACUUAACUAGAAUUAGAACGAACUGUACACUGAAAAAAGUUGUAGUUUGAAAAACAACGUUUUUUGUUUGGUUUUAUUUACAAAAAAAUACUGAACAUGAGAUCGUUUUGCGAUCUUUGAAUGAAUACAAAUCUUCCAGAAAAUUCCGUACUAACUUUCUCUCGAUACGCAUUAAUUUAUCUUUCCUUUCACAUUCAAAACAAAUAAAAAUAUUUAACCAUUGCGAGUUGAACUGACAGAAGAUCUUAGUAAUUCAAUGACAUCGGUAGCCUUUCGGUAUGCCAGACUAGCAUAAACCAGAGUUUCGAAUAGUUCUUCUCGGGAACAACCAAGAUUAAAAUUAGUAGUAAAAUACAAAGCAGUUCAAACCAGAAAAAAAGCAUUAAACAUAGAAAAUUCAUCGACACGGGAAAAAUAAUGCUGCAACAGUAAACGUCACGAAAAAAAAAUACCUUGAAGUAACUAUACGAAAAAACGGGACAAGAUAAACACAAAUAAACCAAAUAAAAAUACUGUUGAAUGUUGAAUACGGAUGUAAAAGAAUAACAGAAAUAAACACAUAAUAAGAGUUAUUAACAAAUUGGAACGAAUCGUUUUAAACGGAACAGAUGGUUUGAUCCACACUGUGUUGUAACAGAAAUUUUCAAAGUGAAACGAGAGUAAUUGAAAACAGAACAGAUUAUCAACAGCGGCAAAAUGGUCAUCAUAUAAAGAAAACUAAUCUUUGGAAAGAUACACAAGACCAAUAAAAACAAACUUUAAUGUAGAAACGAAAGUUGUUAGAAAAUCCCUGCUGAAGUUGCCAGAAGAAACCAACCACAUCAAUAUGAACCCUGUUUCUGUCCAAAGAACACAUAAGCGAUUGGGACCGAAUGAUUGCCAAACCACGAACCACUAUAAACAUUCCCUAUCAAAUCACUUUAAAUACAGUGAAGUAAAGAAACAUUACACCCAGAAGAUCAGAUAAUAAAUACGUACAACUUAGGAGGGUGGAAGAAAUGACUACAGCAUGAUAUUAUCCGAGAUGCAGAUCUGUUAUCUCACGGGACAAAUGGAAAUAUAUGACCAUUGUAGAAGAAUAGUAUCCUCCAUACCUUACCAUCGUGAUGGAAUAAGGAAAAUGAACUAGUUACAACAAGCGGCUAGAAACCCCAAAUCCUGCGAUACCCAAUAUUCGACGAAAAAUCGGACAGGAGAAAAAGAGAAAAAAAUAAAAUUCACAACUUUCACGGAAG